AUAGGUUUAUAGAUCCAUAUAUUCAUACAAAGAUGGAAAAUAAUAAGGACAGUUAGAUAAAACAUGGUGAUUUGCCGCAUUAAAUUGAUAAUUCUUCACAAACUCUACACGGAGAUGAAACUGAAAUUCUGUUUUCUAACGCAAAUUCGGUAACGCAAUACGCACUUGAAAGUAAAAUAACAGUUGUAGAAGCAAGUGCUUAUAUGUUUUUGUAAUGGAUGUAAUAAAAUAUCAUCUUUGCCUGUAUCCAAAAUUUCUGCCUAUUCUGUCGCAGGUGGAAUUAUCGACUUUCUACAAUACGAAUAUUUCAACCAUGAUAACAUCUGAAUCCAGUGCAGUGUUGCGAGAAAAUCAAACUGAAAAGAAGUGCAAUGAAAGCUUGUGCAUAUUCGAACAAGAUUGUUGGACGAAACAGUUUCGUUUAUCUGGUCUUGUUUUAAUAUUUAUCGCACUAAUAUUUGCACUCAUUAUACUGCUCAAAAAAAACCUACACUCUCCAUCUUCUAAGAACGCCAUCUUCAUGAUUAUAACGGCGAUCAUCAUGACAAUCGGUGUUGUAUUACUGAACCCACCUGGCGACUGGUACGAACACGUCAUCGCUGAUAUUGUGCCAACAGUGUUAACGAUCUUAGCUAUGUUAAUUGGUAUAAAAAUGAAAGUUUCUGCACAAAAAUGGGUGAUAUUGUUAUUUACUUUUUGUUGUUUAUUGUUAGCAGCUGGAAUCGCUUUAUCUUUUCUAGCCAU